AUGGCCUCGAGACUUGCUCAGGUAUCCGGACACAUCACCAACAGCGCAUCACGCGGCUUGUUGGUUGGAGAAGUCGCAAUUAUUACCGGUGCUGCUCAGGGCAUUGGGCGAAGCGCAGCCUUGCUGUUUGCAAAGGAAGGCGCCAAAAUCGUUGUUAGCGACCUGGACGAAAAGAAAGCUAAUGCUGUUGUUGAGGAAAUUAAAAAGGCUGGCGGAGAUGCAAUUGCCGUCGCGGGCGACGUUGGCGCCGAGGAUUUCCCCGAAAAGAUUGUCAAUGCUACGAUCAAGUCGUAUGGUCAAAUUAACCAUAUCGUGAACAAUGCUGGUUUCACGUUUGACAAAAUGAUUCACACCAUGAACGACGAAUCAUUCGACUUGAUCAUGAAGAUUCACGUUCGUGCACCAUUCCGUCUAAUUCGAGCCGCCGCGCCACACAUGCGUCUCAAGGGAGAUGCCGCCAAGGCAGUCCCUAACCGAAGUAUCGUUAACGUUAGCAGCGUAUCGGGACUGCACGGAAAUGUCGGACAAAUCAAUUACUCUGCUGGCAAGUCAGCGGUGGUGGGAAUGACCAAGACUAUUGCAAAGGAGUGGGGCGCCUUUGGCGUGAGGGCCAACACUGUUGCAUUUGGUUAUAUUCAAACUCGCCUGACUGCUGCUAAGGGUGGUGACAACACAAUCACCGUUGACGGCAAGCAGAUUGCAUUGGGUAUUCCAGGUGGUGGGAAGCAGCCCGAGGGCCCGGUCCCUGGUAUCCCUCUGGGACGGCCAGGUACCCCUGAGGAGGCUGCGGCUGCCGUUCUUUUCUUAGUAUCACCAUUGGCCAGCUUCGUAAGUGGACACACGCUCGAAGUUACCGGCGGACAGGGGAUUUAG